ACCCCUCUCAGAGACACCAUCAAAACUCGUAUGAAAAUGGUGAUCGACCAGCUGGAAGUUAUCCUGCACGAACUGAAAACAGUGGCCAAAGAACUCAAGGAGGUGGUGAUCCAGAUCGACAAACUGACGGAGGACUUUGAUUUCGAGCUGGAGCCGGACGACUGGACGAUCGCCACCAUCAGCAGCGGGUCGAGCAGCGACACGCUGAGAAACCAGGAGCGGGGCGGUACCUUACACGACUUCGGGCAAUGGGGGUUCCUGACGCCAGACAUCCUGUCCGACAGCUGGGAGUUCUGCUCCUUCCUGGAACUACCCGCCCCGCCCCGAGAGGGGACAAAGGUCAACGUGCCCCCCGACCUGCCUCAUCAACCGCCCGAAGCCGACUACAGGCUGAUGAACGGAGGGCUGGUGCCCAACGGGCCGGAUGGGGGUGGAGCGGAUUCCUCCAGCGAGGAAGCGGUGGGGGGGAGCGCUCCGGGAAACAGGGUGCUCCCCAGGACAUCGGGAACCAGGGAGAGGGUGAGGUUCAGCGACAAGGUGCUUUAUCACGCGCUGUGCUGCGACGAUCGGGACGAGGAGGAGACAGAGACGACUGUGACGAAGGCGAUGGCGGUGAAGGAGGGAGAGGUGGAGGCAGCGGUGGAGGAGGAGCAGGGGAGGAGGGUCCCGGUCACCUCCACCGUCAGCACCACAACAACAGAACCCCGGGGGACCCCGGGAAACCCAGCCAACAAACCCCAACCGGCCGCCCACAAAACACGUGCCAACUGCCAGCUGCCAGCGCCAGGGGUGACCAAAGGCAACCCUUGCACUCGGAGGAAAAUCAUGAAGAACAACAGCACACAGACCGUGUCCCACAAAAGCACGCAGACUCUCCUGUCCUACUGCUCGACGAGAGCUCAGCAGAACUCCAAGUGAGACCCAGGUUGGCCACCCCAAAAAUUGGUGGGGGCCUUUCGUGUGGCUUCCAGGCAAAUCACUUGACUUAAUUCUAAUGGCAUCAUGAGGCUCAGGGAUUUUAAAUAAUAAUAAUAAUAACAAUGAUAAUAUUAUUGAUAAUAAUAUUG